UAGCAGAGAGAAGAGAAUAAGGCUGAGCCAAACUGCUGAGGAGGAGGAGGAGAAGAGGAAGGGUUGAUAAAACUACCAUCUCUCUCUCUCUGCGCUCAGAGCGCUAUACUCUGCCAGGCUUUGAAGCUGACAGAGAGAGAGGAGACAGAAGCAGGAUUCGUUCAUCAUAGCGCCUUUACAGAAGUUUACCAUCCCAAAUCGUGAACCAGACAGACGAAAGGUUUUAAUCCAGUAUCUGAAGAGGCGAUUUAUGGUGAAAAGUAUGCUUUUCUAAAGUAAAAUAUUUGGACAGACGAGGCAUCGCAUCGUUGCAGCGCUGACACAAAGUUUGCAGGUCCUCUACUUAGUUGGGAAGUUCGUUUCCCAUAGUUGGCUUCUGAGUGACAUCUGCUUCUUCUCGGCUGGAAUCCUUGACGGACUAAAUAACGUUUAGAUUGUUUGGAGCGCUGGUGGAAUUUUAACUGGAGACAGAGUUCUUCCAUGCAACAGUUGGCUAUUUUGUACAAGUAAGCCAUGGCACAACAGACCAGAAACGGAGGGACCUCAUUAAACAACAACGGCACCGAUAUCACCAAAAGGAAACUGUUGACAGGACUGGACCUCUUCUGCCUGCUACUAGUCAUGUUGCCCAGCCUUGCUAUCCACCGCACCUCAGUGCAUCCGUACCAGCGUGGAUUCUACUGCAGCGACGUCAGUCUGCGUUACUCCUACAAGAGUUCCACCAUCCCCUCCUCUGUCCUCACUGGCGUGGGGCUCACUCUGCCCAGUAUGGCCAUUGUUAUAGGAGAGUGUUACCGGAUUCACCAUCUGAGGGAGGGAUCUAAGUCUUUCAUUGGGAACCCUUAUGUCUCAUCUCUCUACAAACAGGUUGGAGUGUUUAUAUUUGGCUGUGCCAUUAGUCAGUCGUUCACAGACAUCGCCAAGGUGUCAGUGGGCAGGAUGAGACCGCACUUCCUGGACGUGUGUAAACCUGACUGGUCAGCCAUCAACUGUUCCCUCGGAUAUAUCACCUCAUACACCUGUAAUUGCUCUGAGAGCAAAGUACAGGAAGCCAGGAAAUCCUUCUUCUCAGGACAUGCCUCCUUCUCCAUGUUUACUAUGCUCUACCUGGCUUUUUAUCUCCAGUCCAGGUUCACCUGGCGAGGUGCCCGUUUGCUCCGCCCCCUCCUCCAGUUCACGCUGCUGAUGAUGGCAUUCUACACCGGCCUAUCACGCGUCUCCGACCACAAGCACCACCCCACAGACGUACUGGCCGGCUUUGUACAGGGCGCCCUGGUGGCCUACUGCAUAGUGUUCUAUGUAUCUGACCUGUUCAAACCGCAGGAGAAGCCUGCCUCGCCCCCUCCCUCCCCCAUCAAGAAGGAGCUCCUCCCCCCUGCUGACAUCAUCGAGCGGAACAACCACCACAACAUGGUGUGAGACAGGCCCCUUCCCCUGACCGAGGAGCCUAUCACAGCGCUUCUCAACGCCCAUUGGACAGUAGAAUGUAGCGACCAGAGAGACUAUGGUCGCAUCUCAAAUCACACUCCGCUCCUUAUAUAGUGCACUACUUAUCACACCCGCUGGUGCAAAGUAGUGCACUACUUAGGGAGUAGUGCUUUAUUUGAGUCCUGCCCUGCAGAAACCACUAUCCAGACUCUUUACUACUAUUGUUAUUACUACUAUUCUGAUUUUAGCCCAAGUUAGAGCAAAAAGAAAAUAAUCAAAAGCUAAAAGACAAGAAGUUACAGACAGACAGACAGACAGACAGACAGACAGACAGACAGACAGACAGACAGACAGACAGACAGACAGACAGACAGACAGCAGUGCAGAGCCGUUGAAACGAACACAUUGUAUCCACACAAAGGGGGGGAAAAAAUAAUAAAUUAAUAAAUGAAGGAGAAAAAGACAGACAUAUUAGCUGUCUCUGUCUGAGGCCUUGACAUAGGAUAACAACUUCCUUAGUAAUAGGAACUAUAUUACUGCAAUAUUACUAGCACAUGACACAUCUAGUAUAUGAGUAACAAUAUAGAAUAGAAUAACUUACAGCACUAUAAUCCAGUUCACUGUCGAUUAUCACCACUCACCACCGGAUGGACCAGCUAUAAGAAUGCUUGUUGAUGCUUACGUAGAAGGUUGAAGUUAACCUGUAACUAGUUAACUUGUCCAAUGCCAGCUACUGACUACUACAACAGAAGGAAGCAGACACAUUUAAGGACUCUUGGAAUAUUAGUCCAAAUGAGGACAAAAAAAGAUCCUUAUAAAAAUUGAAUGAAAUCCACCUCUAGCUUCUAAGUCCAGGUAUAGAAGUUUAGAAUAGUCUAGUUGUCAGCUCAACAAGCCUCUUAUAACUGUCCCUUUGAGUAGCCUAACCUGAGAUGAUGCUUUCUGAAAGAGGGGGGUGAGAUGAAAAAGGGUUUCAUGAACGAUGGAGGGUAAAGGAGGGAUAUUAGUUUGGGGGAGGUGGGGAAGAAUGGAGGGAGGGGGAGGUAAAUACCUCUCAGCCACCUGCCACUCGGUGUGGGGGUGUGGCAGUGCCACGCUGCCAUCUGAUUAGCUGCAUAGGUGGAGGUGUGGUCUGUUGCCAUGGACGUAGGGUUGAUUGACAGCUAAGCUGUCACGUUAUUAUGGGAUAGGGGCUCUUUCCGCUGGCAGGGAGGGGCUCUGGCCCACCCAAUCACUCAUUGGCAGUAUGUGUGUGUCCUGUGUGUCACUGUGUGUGUGUGUGUGUGUCCACUCUGUGUGUUUUGUGUGUGUGUGUGAUGUGUGAGGGUUUGCAUGUCUUGUGUAUUUGUGAGUGUGAUUGUGUCUGUGUCUGUGUGUGUUUUAAUUCAUCCUCCUGGUAGUGUGUGUAGUAUGAACCCCCCUCACACACCAUUGUCUGUGCCAAGAGUGUGUACCACUAUGUUUGCGUGUGUUUGUGUACGUGUGUGUUAGAGAGGGCCAGGGGUGGAGGGCUGAGACCCUGUCUGGAGAAUAUUAUUAAACUAUGGAUUGAAUCUUUUUAUUUUCUGCUAUGAUGGAUCUUUAACAUGUUCAUUGCUAGUCCAGUAAUGUAAUUAACUAACCUAUCCCCAUCAGCCAUUUUAUUUUACAGUUCAGUUUACUUAGGGGAAAUCUCAAGUAGCCCACUAUUGCCUAUAGCAGGGUUUCCCAAACUCGGUCCUGGGGCCCCCCCUGGGUGCACGUUCUGGUUUUAGCUCUAGCACUACACAGCUGAUUCAAAUAACCAACUCAUCAUC